AUGAAGAGCUUCAAUCUCCCCCCGGAGGCCCCAUUUGGCGGGAUGCCAUCAUGGACUCGCCAUAUUAUCGUCACGACCUUUGGCGAGUUCUGUGGAACCUUUUUGUUUCUCUUCCUCUCCUUCUGUGGAGCACAGACAGCGUUGGACACAAAUGAUCCUUUGGAUCCUGAAGCACCACUCCUCCCAUACAGUCUCAUGUACAUUUCUGCCUCCUUCGGCGUAUCCCUAGCCCUCACAGUAUGGGUGUUCUUCCGGGCCACGGGAGGAAUGUUCAAUCCCGCUCCAAUAGCCGGUCUUGCCAUCAUUGCCACACAGCUCGUGGCAGCAAUCGCGGCAUCCGCCGUGGUCUCAGCCAUCCUUCCGGGUCCCUUUUCUGUGGGAAACAAGCUGGACAUCGGAACGAGCAUCGCUCAGGGUCUUUUCCUCGAGAUGUUCAUCACUACACCGCUUGUGCUGGCGGUGCUCUUCCUUGCCGUCGAGAAGCAUCAUGGCACCUAUCUCGCACCUGUGGCAAUCGGUCUGGCAGCUUUCAUCGCGCACAUUGUAGGGACUCGCUACACAGGGACCUCAAUCAACCCAGCGCGCUCCUUUGGCCCAGCUGUCAUCACCAGCUUCCCAAGCUACCACUGGAUCUUCUGGCUGGGCCCUAUACUCGGGUCAACUCUCGCCUUUGCGGUGUAUGAGAUACUCAAAUGGUGCCGCUAUGAGUACGCCAACCCAGGACAAGACGCUAUUGAUCUCGAGGAGGCUGCGAGGGCACUUGAAGCUGCCAAGCUUGCUCACCAGACCUCGGGAACUGCGAGCCAUGCUUCCCGGGCAUCCCCACAAAACGAGCACCAGUGA